AUGACUAUACAACUCUCAACAGCAAAAUCAAUCAUCAAUUUUCAAACACAUGAGAAAUCAAUUGAGCUUGAGAGGAUCUGUUCAUCACCUGAAGAUCUCGAGGUAACAUUUGAAGAGGAAGAAGAAGAAGAAGAAGAAGAAAAGACGAUGGAAAUCAAUGAUUCUUGGAGCGUUGAGAUGACUGCUCCAGCAUCUCUCUUUGAUUUAUCUCCCAAGUUAGAUGUUGAACCUCUGGCUCCUCACCAAACAUGGUGA